AUGGCAGACCGUCCUCCAGAAAGCGACACCCCAGUGAAGAGGAAGCGAACGGCAAUACCGUUGGAAGUUAAGCAUAGCAUUGUGAGAGAGCACAACGCCGGCGAGAAAGUGAGCAGCUUGGUGCGCAAGUACGGCCUGCUGCAGCCAACAGUAUCCUGCAUCAUUCGCAAUGCACUCAAGCAAGCCGAAAGUGACAGCCAUGCCAGUGCUAACGGUGCUAGCCACGCAAUGGAUGACGGCCGGAAAAGGGUUAGGCACGGGGCCUACAAAGACGUGGAAGAUGCACUGUACCAGUGGUUCCUUAGCGCUAGCGCUAUGAAUUUGCCAGUCAGUGGUCCCAUUUUGGCGGAGAAGGCGAAGAGGUUCACGUACCUCCUUCGCAACACUGAUUUCCAGCCUGGGGGUGGCUGGCUUCAGUGUUUUAAGGAGAGGCAUGGCAUAGUGUACAAGGCAGUCGUCGGAGAGGCAGGCUCGCUGGAUGUAUAUGCUAGGCAGAAGUGGUUGGAGGAAGCACUGCCCUGCAUCCGCGAAGCCUACGCGGACCGAGACCUGUACAAUGGUGGCGAAACUGGGCUGUUUUUUCAGAUGCUACCCUCAAAGACGCACGCGCUCAAAGGCGAUGCCUGUAAGGGCAGCAAACAGAGCAAAGUUCGAGUGACAGUUUUUUUCUGUGCUGACAUGGACGGCAGUGACAAGUGUCCCGCCCUUGUGAUAAGCAAGUCAAGGAAUCCUCGCUGUUUUCGUGGUGCCGCGAGGAUACCUGUUCGGUACCGCCACAACAAGAAAGCGUGGAUGACGCGCGAACUUUUCCGUGAGUGGCUGGUCGAGUUCGACGAGAGGAUACAGCGCGAAGGCAGGAAAGUGGCGCUAGUGCUUGACAACUGCACCGCCCAUCAUACCACCCAGAAGCUGUCGAACGUGGAGAUUUUUUUCCUCCCUCCCAACACCACUGCGGGCUUGCAACCCAUGGACGCAGGAGUGAUUGCUUGCUUCAAGGCGCUGUAUCAGCGUCGUGUUUUGAGCAGGCUGGCGCUGAACCUGGACAUCUCCAUACGUGAACGCCGACCUGCGCCGGACUUCAAGGUUUCGCUCCUGAUGGCCGUGCAGUUCAUUUUUGCGGCAUGGGCAGAAGUUGGCUCUUCCACCAUUGUGAAUUGCUUCUGUAAGGUGGGCUUUGCUGGGGAUUACAGUGAGGCGGAAGUGGAAGGCCGUGACGCUCCUGCCAACGCGGAAAUGACCGAACUUUGGUCAUCGGUGAACGGUGGUGAUGGAGACGCGUCGGGACUUGAGGAGUUUUUGCACGCCGACGAUGCAGUAGCAAAAAAUGAGGACCUCACCGACGAGGCGAUCGUCGCUGCGGUGACCGGCGCGGAAGACGAAAGCAGUGACGACGAGGAGGAACCAGAACCCAUGCAGGCUGUGUCGCAUCAGGAAGCGUUGCAAAUGAUCGACCGCCUGCGCGAUUUUGUGUUUGCUAAAAACCUUCCGCUCGGCCAUGCGCAGCAAAUGGACGCUUUGCAAAAAGAUGUUAAUAAGAUGAGCCAAAAACCACGCAAGGUGGACUGUCCUUGGAACCUUGUGUCCGGAGGCAGCCCUCGAGUGCACCGUCCCAGGGCCAGGCUUUCCUUCACCCGACCAUCUGCUCAGGAAGCCUGUGAGGAACUAGGCGACACUGACGUAGUGCCCAGUUCACAGUCCACUGUGGACUCCUCUGAGGAGGUGGAAGUGGCCAAGUUGGGUCAGGAUAAGCCACUCAUGGAUCCACACCCAGAGAGUCCUGUCACAGUGUGGCUACAAGAUAAGGAGAAGGGCCGGCUCAUUGCCAGUCAAGAGGCACCAUUGUCUCCUGCCAAGCACCAAAGAUCAUUGAGGAUGCUGGUGCAUGAGGAUGGUGGUGAUAGCCCCCCAAAAAAUGCACGGCAUACGCGGGGGUGGCUGCUUGCUAAUGGGCCUAUCAGGUGGCAAGAUGAGCUGUUGGAAAAUGGCAUUGCACCACUUGAUGAUCAUGUGCCCACAAACAGUGUACCAGCUGAGCAGAACAUAGAGGAGCAUGGUGAUAGCAGUGCAGUGCACGCAGAGGAAGCUCGCACAACUCAGGAGUCCACUGACACUGAAAUAUACGAGGACCAGCUGGAGGGUGAGGAGCCGGUGACAAAGGAGGCUGAAACUUCUCCACCCUGUGAGCCUUCGGCAGCAUCCCCUGCACUUGUAAACAGUGAAGAAUGCGUGCUGCAACUCAGUGAAGGCUCUUCUGCAUGUUACAGUGAGGGCACCAUGCAAGCGUCUCAGGCAUCACCAGAAUUUGGUGCACCUAUUCCAAGCUCUGAAGACACCAACAGAGUCGAGCUGGCAAUGGACACCGAAGAGCAAAUAGGCAAUGUGUGCCCAGCCGGGGUUGACGUUCACGAGAGUUUUCCUGCUGGUCACUCAUGCCCAGACAUCUGCACAGUGCCCGAAACCGAAGACCAAGCUACCAUAGAAAGCUGGGAACCACAAAGUGUGACAGAUACUGCAGCAUCCAAGCCAGAGAGCAUGCUAGCUCAAGGAAAGGCUGUCAGGGGAGCACGCAAGCGCAAGCUGCCUUCACAGACAACAUCCCCAAUCUCCAGCCGCCUUCGGGCAAAGCAGGUACGGCAAGAACAGGUGCGGCGGAGCUCUUCUCCACCACCAGAUGCAGCCGGAGGCAAGCCGCCACCUCGGUGGUCGGGUUCUUCACCAGCUCUGUCACGCAGCCGCAUCAUGCUGGAUGCAGCCAUGCGGAGCGUUGGCUCUUCCCCAAGCCGUCACACAGCCAAUGUGCCCUUUGCGCAACAAUCGGCCGACGAUGGGGGCAGCACUGGUCCUCUACCAAGCAUCCUCAAGAGGCGCCCACCAGCUGAAGAUGGCUCACCACAGGGAUCCCCACAUAGAGCCAAGCAAGUGUCAUCAGGCAGGCACGUCUCAUUUGCUGACCCUCUUGUGCAAGGCGAAUACGAGGUAGGGCCCCGCAAGUCACGCAUCUCCAGAACCCUAUAUGAGGAUGCCGAGAUGGACGAAGGUGAGCUGACCGACAGUCAGCAGCCACUGUGGUCUCCUCUCGAGGGCAACACUGACCCUGUGGAGGCCGUCCUGCCUUUCCUCACCAGCUCUCUCUGGCAGCGCAGCCUUGGGCGCAAGCUGCAGCUGCAGGGCGUCACCACUGUGGGUGCGCUGGCAUCGAUGACCUGCGCACAGGCGCUUCAGCUGCCCGUGCGAGCGCCACGUGUGGCCUCUCUGCGCAAGGCCCUCCAACAGUAUGCAGCUGCCCUGCAGGAUUCCCCACUUUGUGAGCCGGCUCUGUCGUCUUCUGCGGCCAUCUCGAUGCUGCGCUGCACAGACUCGGCACUACCUCAUGGGCAGGUGCAGGAAAUCGCUGAACUAGCCCUGCACGACGGCUGCACUUUACUGAAACGAAUGCCAGAGUGCAGUGCCACCGUGAACCGGUUCACGAAGCGCAGGUGA